CCUUGAUCAGCUGAUAUAAUUCAUUUUCAUAUAUAUAAAAUGUUUAGUCAAUCUAGGAAUCUAGUCAAUCAGCUGUAACAGAUAGUUGCGGUAGCUUGUUCGCGUGCUAGAUAAGAGAACCAUCAGCGGAAAACAACUCGCUGAACGCAACGUUCUGUACACAACUUUUAUCACUACUGGGUGUGAUUUUACCUCGAUUUUCCAGAGCUCUUCUACAGUUCAUUUCUAAUCCUUUUGUUGUGCCAAAUCAUUCUGUAAUCUACAUCGUGUAUGUAUGUCUGAGUGUACAUUAUCGUCACUGUUCAACCGUUCAUUUGUUUUAUUUGAUAAACUAGAACAAUCCUCGAAGUACAGUUUCCCGACAAGAAGCUUUCGUGGACGAGUGAAGUGCUAAGUGCCAGUGUAUGAUUGUCAUUGCUAAGCGUGUACAGAAAGCCGAGCAUACCGUUUCCGACAGUUGAUGUUUUUUGAUAGGUACAGUGAAUACACAAAUUUCCAAAAUUCCGGUGGCCAACAAGAGCCCCCAGUCAGUCCACGAAGGGACUACAAUGGGGCAAAUUCCAGAAAAUCCCGUAAUUCGUAGACGAUCUAACCCGGAAGUCGAAGAAGUACUCCAGAUAACUGAAGAGGGGACCAACCGAAAGAUCUUCUAUCUAGUUACCAAGAAAGCUUCGUAUCUGAAACUGAAUUACGAAGAUGUUUGGAACGCUUUGUGCUCGCUUAGAGAAGUCUUGAUUGCCGAGGACCUAAGAAAACUGGCAAUACCUAAGCUGGCAUGUGGACCGGACAACCUGGACUGGAAAAUCAUUCGAAGCAUGCUUGAGGUAGUCUUCCGGUAUACAGGUAUUCGAUUUCUUUUAUGUUGUCACAAUCCUAGACGGCUACCUCCUGGAAAGAGUGUGUCUUGUUACUUCUUCAAGAACUCCUACUGCAAGAGAGGGCCUUCGUGCCGAUAUCGGCAUCCACCGCCAGUAAGAUCAUUCCGGGACGGAAUGACUUUAGGGAGGGGGCAGUGUGACAAAUAGGUGCGAUCUGUUGGGCAAGUCUCCUACUCGUCAGAGCUUAAUGGCCGAUCUCUGCUUUUACGCGAACCACGACCACACAAGCCGCCUGGCAGCAUCUGUGAGGGCCGUGAUAGUGGAUCGCCUUCUAGAUCGACGCGAAGUGACCUCCAAUAUUCUAGAUGUCGCUUUGUGGUUCACCCGGCCUUUCUCGAAGCAGCAAUUCGGACUAUAUAUAACUCGGCGGCCGGGAGAUGGAGGCGGAGAGUACAGAUUACACCAGUGCAGAGCGGAGUGGAGUAUAGUGCAGUCAAUGGCAACAUAAGAAUUAGUCAGACAUAAAUAGUGGUGUAUAUAAAUGUUCUAUCAAGUUAAAUAAAUUAGUGCAUUUAUUUUUGUG